GGCCUUCAGUAUCCACCAAAAAGAUAUCGGAAAGUUCAAGCUUAAUUUGAUAAACAAAGAGUUAGAUAAGCUUUGAAAUUCGAAGCGAUGGCAGUUUCAGCUACAUUAAUGCAAUCUUACUUGGUCAGGCCCAUGGCCAGUUCUGGCUUCAAGAGAUACUCUUCAGUUGGUAUUCCGGCUCAAUCUCUGCGGUGCAAACGUGCAGUGCACGUGCGUUGCCAAGCAGAGGAGAAGCAAACACCAGCUGAGGAGCCAACGUCAGCAACACCAAAGCCCAAGGUGAGCACUAAAUUCUCAGACGUCCUAGCAUUCAGCGGCCCAGCACCAGAGAGAAUUAACGGCCGUCUCGCCAUGAUCGGCUUCAUGGCAGCUGUCGAGCUCGCAAGAGGCGACGACCUCGCAGCGCAGCUGGCCAACGGCGGCCUGCCGUGGUUCGUGGCGACAGCAGCAGUUCUUGCAGCGUCGCUGAUCCCGCUGUUCAAAGGAGUGAGCGUGCAGUCGAAGUCGGGGGGUUUGAUGACGGCGGAUGCGGAGUUGUGGAACGGGCGGUUUGCGAUGUUAGGGUUGGUGGCCUUGGCUUUUACUGAGUAUGUGAGGGGAGGACCUCUUGUGUAAAUUAGGAAAUUGUUAAGGUCUAAAAAUGGUUUCUUAUGUAGGAGGAGAGAAUGUGAGGAGAUUAAGAGGCUACGGUCUUGCGGUAUACACUCUGUAGGAAAUAUACUAUCCGUCUAUAAAUGAAAACAUCUCUUGUUCCGUUUCUCU